UAUCCUACAUCGGUUUUCAGAUGCAGUUCUUUGGGAUUGAGUUUGGGAUCGGGUAGGCAAAUCUGUUCCUAGAUCUGCUUGCAGAGGCAACAAAUAUACUGGGGCAUCUUCAGGUGCUUGGAACGCCAGAUAACCUUUGGAGCGCACUGAAGUCUUGCGCAUGGAAGGCAGCGCACUUCCUGUUUUUCCUCAGAUCUUUUCUUGCUUACCAGAGAGCGCUUUCUAUAUUGAGUAAUGGUUCCCCAGGCAUCCACCCACCGAACUAGUAACGUUAGGUCUGCACUUAUGGACAAAUGAAUCACAGGAAAUAUUGAAACUAAGUGGUUUUGUAGUUUAACGAUGGACUCGAUACGUCAAGCGUGAAUAGUGAGACCCAACAAGGGGUACUGCUAACUACCUCCACGCUAGCAAGGAUAACCAGCUAGUGAACGUACGCUAGCUAACUUGGUACAAUCAGCUACGAUUUACUGUUGUGAAUGGUGAAACGUUACCAAGCUGACGUUUGCGUGCCAGACUGUCAAACCGAGUAACGUUUCUCUUCUCUGAAAGGUAUUUCCUCAACCAGGAAAGAGCAUGCGGAGAGAGCUGCAUCCGCUCUAGAAUGAAGAAGAGCCCGGCGCACCGCUGCAGGGACAUCGAGAGGCAAGCCGGUUACCUGCAGCCCGAGCACUGCGCCCCUCCCCCGACCCGCCCCAGUUCCGACGCCAUGUGGUUCAUCCGCGACUGCUGCGGCAUCGCGUGCGGCGUCAUCACCUGGUGCCUGGUGUUCUACGCCGAGUUCGUGGUGCUCUUCGUCAUGCUGCUGCCCGCCAAGAACCUGCUCUAUAGUCUAGUCAACGGGGCACUGUUCAGUACCCUCGCCUUCCUCGCUCUGGCUUCGCACGCCCGGGCCAUGUGCACAGACCCGGGUGCGGUGCCUAAAGGGAACGCGACCAAGGAGUUUAUCGAGAGCCUGCAGCUCAAGCCCGGUCAGAUGGUCUACAAAUGUCCCAAGUGCUGCAGUAUAAAGCCUGACAGAGCUCACCACUGCAGUGUGUGUAAACGCUGUAUCAAGAAGAUGGACCACCAUUGCCCAUGGGUAAACAACUGCGUAGGAGAGAAGAACCAGAAAUUCUUUGUGCUUUUCACAAUGUACAUUGCACUGAUAUCCCUCCAUGCCCUGGUCAUGGUUGCCUUCCAUUUUAUCUUCUGCUUCGAGUCAGACUGGACGAAGUGCAGUACAUUCUCUCCUCCUGCGACCGUCAUCCUCCUCAUCUUCCUCUGCUUUGAGGGACUCCUCUUCCUCAUUUUCACCUCAGUGAUGUUUGGGACCCAGGUCCAUUCCAUCUGUACCGAUGAGACGGGCAUAGAGCAGUUGAAAAAGGAGGAGAGAAGAUGGGUUAAAAGGACAAAGUGGAUGAACAUGAGGGUGGUAUUUGGCCAUCCGUUCUCCAUAGCCUGGCUAAGUCCCUUUGCAACCCCCGACCACGGGAAGGCAGACUAUUACCAGUACGUUGUCUGAGAAGAAGAAGCCAAGCUCCAGCACCCGUGCUACCAGCCUGUCUUUCAGGGUGCGGACUGAUGAUGCGUACAGGCGAAGGUGUUCCCACCGCCGGACUUCACUGAGCAUUAACUCUUGACACUUCUUCUCCUUUUCUGUUUUUGAUCAUUUUUUUAAAAUAUCAGGGUCUUCUUUGUGAAAAACAUCUCUCUGCCUGUUUUUAAUACUUGUCACUUAUUUUAGUUUUCUUUGCCUGGUGCUGAUUUUGAUACCUGUAUGAAAAACAAGUUCUUUUCCCUUCUGUUCACAAUCACAGCCAAGGCCCUGCAAAACCAUCAACUGUAAAAUGAGUCUCUUGCUUCUCUCACGUUUAACAUGAAAGAGAGCACUUACUGAUGUAACCUAGCCAGAGACUGAAUCUGACGUGGCUAUAAACUAGGCUCUACCUUUGGGAUAGAAAGGUUAGACACUCUUAAUCCCAACGUACAGUAUUUCCUGUAUUUGUUCAUGUCCCGUUUGAGGACUAGGCCUAAACAAAGCAAACGCAUGACCUGAAUUCAGAUCAGUUCCAAUAGGCAUAUUUUCUCUUCCAAUGUUGCAGUACCUCAGCCUUUCCAUAAAGUAUGCUUUAUGGUAUAAGCUAUAGCCUUUGGUGCCAGGCCACGCUGUUGAUGUGCUACCGACCCACAAGGCAUUACAAUUUGCUGUUUCGAACAGCCAAAUCUGUUGCUGCAAGCUGCAGAGUCUUUGCCUUAUAGGCAUGCGCGGCUGCUCACCUCCCGCAGGACUGCCGCACAGGAGAAAUGCCAGGCCGCGCAGACUCCAGAGAUUGAACUUCACCGAGUUCACCCCAUUAGGUUGCACUACAUAGAUCGACGUUUUUUCUGUGAUCGAAUCAACAUUAUAAACUGGGAUGUUCGAGCCCUGAAUGCUGAUUAGCUGACAGCUAUAUCAGACCGUAUACCACGGGAUUGACAAAACAUGUAUUUUUACUGCUCUAAUUACGUUGGUAACCAGUUUAUAAUAGAAAUGGGGCACCACAGGGGUUUGUGGUAUAUGACCAAUACACCACCGCUAAGGGCUGUAUCCAGGCACUCCACGUUGCGUCGUGCAUAAAAACAGCCCGUAGCCGUGGUAUAUUGGCCAUAUACCACACCCCCUCGCGCCUUAUUGCUUAAUUAUAUCAGCCCCUUUAAGCUGUUUUUGAAAAACUAGUCAGGUAAAAAGCGUGUGUGUUUUAAUUAAAGGGGCAGGUUGUAUUUUGAGACGGUCUUGAAUAUGGAAAUGAGCCAAUAGGCAGAGGGGUAGUCUUCAUUGUCUAAUUCUCUGAAUGAUAAUAAUUAAUUAUUUGAAAAGUGGUUUCUUGCAUCAUACAAUGCAAUGUACCUAUUUGGCCCAUGGUGUUACAGACCAAGUAAAAAGUCAUUAAUUAAUGUCAAACCCUUCAUAAUGUAAACAUGUUUAAAGGUAUCAGGCAAUGUAGGCCUGCAUUGAACACCACAUAUAGACUACUGUAGGCUAUAUCAUAGAAAUUGCUUUUGAUUUCUAUCUGAAAAUGUUAUGGGAUUUGCUUCAUUGGUUUUGUUGGUAGGACUACAUUAUGCUCAAAUAGCCACAAUAGCCUAUUGGUUACGGUCUAAAACUAAGGGUUCCACCUCAGUAUUCCCUGUAAUCGCGUGUCGGAACUUGCACAGAAUUCUCACAAUGUUCAAGUUUCCGCUCACAACACCUCAAAUUUGCUCAGCCCCCCAAAUGUUUACUUAUAGGACAGUACACAAUGGCAGUUGGGUAAAGAUAUUUUUGUAGCUCUGUAACCUUGAGUUUCAGUUGAAUAGGGUAUCUGCUUCCUCUCACAGGCUGUCAGUCAUGUCCAUGUGCAGGAUGGGUCCCGUCCUAAGGUCAUGACAGGAUGAUUGAAAGUGCAACUGCGGCAGCGGCUGGUGACAGUGGUGGAUGGUUGUCUGUUGUAGCAGGAUGUCUUACUGGCUGGUGUAUGUGGCAACUGUUUCUAUAGAAAAAGUACUGUAAUGCCCUCUGAGAUUUUUCAUUUGAUCACUGAAUAACUAUACAACUGGAACAGAAGCCUGCAGCUAUGUGUAAUUCCCCUGUGUUCACUAAAUGGAAUUUGUUAAAUGUCAUAUCAAAACAGGCUAUUGGCUUGACAUUUGUGGUUACGAAUCUGACCGAGCUAAGCUUUGAGGAACAAACAUUGGUGAUGACAUUUAGGCCAGUGAAACGUGCACUGAAACCCGAAAGAACGUUGUGGACCAUACUAACUAGUUCACACAUUAUGUAAAGGCACAGACCGGUCUCCCAGAGACAGUCUAGAUUGGCUCUAGGCCAAUUGCAAACAAACAAGCUUCAUUCAAAGCAGAUACUUCAGUGAAAAUGCCUUUGUCUGUGAGGAGAAAAUGAUCACACAAUCAAUUGUGUGUUCAGAAGCCUUACUAUAGAAAGAGUAUUUGCUGUUGGUGAUGAACAGAAUGGCUACAUCCCAAAUGGGGCUCUAUUCCCACGGGGCUCUAGUCAAAAGUUGUGUACUGUGUAGGGAAUAGAGUGCCAUUUGGGGCACCACCGAACUCUUGUAGAAUAUAUUUGGUGCCAUAUUUUCUGGUUUAUGAAUGAGGAAUCUCUGAACUCUUUCACCCUCCCUGCAUAUCAUUUUGUACAGCUUAUGGUGGAAUGUACCAUUGAGGCCACAGGGAAACUUUCAGAAACAUAUUCCUUUUAUGAAAAUGCAUUUUACAGACUGUCAAAGCCAUGCUGAAUGAACACAAUGGUUAUGUAUUCAUCAAACAAAAAUGUUUCUCUCUUAAUUGAGAAUGCAGAGUGCAUUUGCACAGCAUGGGUGUAAUUUGAAAUGUGUAUGGACCACAUUUUAUAGAUUUAAAAAAUGUAUUAUGAAGAAUAAAAUCAACUUUGAAGUCACUAAAGCA